CAUCUCUCAUGGCAAAUCGAUUAUGGAGUUUUGUGAUUUGAGUUUCUCUCUACUGAAUCGAUGGCAGGGGCAGGGCUGGGUUGUUCUUGGUUAUUCCCAGUGCCAGUGGUGUCAUUGGUGACCUCACCUUUUUUAAAUGAAAUUGAUGAUUGAGAGGGAUCAUCAUGAGGUAGAAUAAAAAAAGAAAGAGGAACGGAUGGAAUGAUGGUUAGGUAGGUUUUCUUUGAUUUCAGUGGAUGCCGGCUGCUGCCGAAUAGUUGACGAAGACCAAACACUAACGUACAAACAAACGGUGCAUAAAGCGACGCAGAUGCACACAGAGUGAGGAAACGAGAGAGCGAGAGAGAGAGAGAGAGAGAGAGAGAGAGAGAAUGUGUACGUUGGAGAAGCGAGGCAGCGUCUUUAUCCUAACCCUAACCGGACAAGACGAGCAUCGCCUUGACCCCACCCUAAUCGAAGCCGUCCACGCCGCUCUUCGCCGUGUCCGAUCCGACUCCUCCUCCUCCAGCGCCGCUCUGGUCACCACCGCCCACGGCAAGUUCUUCUCCAACGGCUACAACCUAGCCUGGGUGAAAUCCGGCGGCCCGGCCUCCGCCACCAACCACCGCCUCAAGCUCAUGUCCUCCAAGUAUCGUUCCCUCCUCGCCGACCUCCUCUCCCUCCCCCUACCCACGAUCGCCGCCGUCACCGGCCACGCCUCCGCCGCCGGCUUCAUCUUCGCCAUCUGUCACGACUACCGCCUCAUGCGCAAGGACCGAGGAUUCCUCUACAUGAGCGAGCUUGACAUUCGGCUUCCGGUUCCGGUUUGGUUCUCGUCUGUUCUCAAGAGCAAGAUCGGAUCUCCGGCGGCCCUGCGCGACGUCCUGCUCACCGCCGCCAAGCUGACGGCAGAGGCGGCCGUCGCGAGGGGCAUCAUCGACUCGGCGCACGAUAGCGCCGAGGAGACCGUUCUGGCUGCUGUGAAAUUGGGGGAGGAGUUGGCCAGGAGAAGGUGGGAUGGACACGUGUACGCUCGGAUUCGGACUGUGAUGUAUGCCGAUAUGUUGAACGCCAUCAGAUUUGAUGAGACCGAGGAAGACGAGAGUCUCGCGAGUAAGGUUGCCUCGCGACUUUAGAGCCCAAUGGGCCUUGCCCGAUACGUUGAAUUUGGGCUUCGCGGUAGUUAAUUAUGUUCUUAUUUUCGCAAGCCCACCUGGAGAUUGGAUUGUUAAGUUUGAAUCCAAAUACAACUUUGUAACAUGCUAAUCAUAAUCAUAUAUGCUAAUAAUGUCUACAAUUUUAAGUUAUCUUUCUAUCUGGUUGAGUGUUGAACAUUGUUGAAAUAUAUUAUUUUGAUUUCUACUGAAAGCA